AUGCCUGAUACUAGGGUAAAUCCAACUUUCAGCAAAUCAACUGGUUUGCCUCGAAAGCGCUUCUAUAGAGCACGAGCUCAUAGCAACCCGUUAAGCGACUCUCACUUCCCUGUGCCGUUAACACCCGCUCAUGUUGACUAUUCUCUUCAUUAUCCUCAGUUCUUUCCCUCGUCUGAUCAAGUUGAUAGUUCCAAAAAGAUUAAGUUUGCUGAUAUUGGAUGUGGUUUUGGUGGGCUGCUCAUCAGUCUUUCGACUCUGUUCCCGGACACACUGAUGAUUGGAAUGGAACUUAGAGAUAAAGUAUCUGAGUAUGUCAAGGAAAGGAUUUUAUCCUUAAGGGUAGCAAAUCCAGGUCAAUACCAAAAUAUUUCUGUUGUACGAACUAACUCCAUGAAGUACAUUCCAAAUCACUUUGAGAAAGCACAACUCUCGAAGAUGUUUUUCUUGUUUCCUGAUCCUCAUUUCAAAGAGAAGAACCAUCGUCGUCGGGUUAUCAGCCCAUUCUUACUAGAUGAGUAUGCUUAUGUUCUUGAGGUUGGUGGAAUUAUAUACACAAUAACAGACGUGGAAGAGCUUGGGGAGUGGAUGAAAUCUUGUUUGGAGAAUCACCCUUUAUUUGAACCGUUGACUGAGAAAGAACUUGAAGCAGAUCCAGCUGUUAAGCUUUUAAGCUCUGCUACUGAAGAAGGCCAAAAGGUUGCCAGAAAUGAUGGACAGACUUUUCAAGCUGUUUUCAGACGCAUUGCACGACCUGAUCAAAUAUCCUAG